AUGCAAUCAGAACACAAUGUACUGCAUGCUAAUCGCAUUCAAACUCCAGGGACUCAGUCUUGUCCGCCCCCGGAAUUGCCCCAACUCGUCGCCGAGCAACAUGUUCCCAUUGCCGCCAACGACAAGGAAACUCAACGCCUAAUCGUUGUCCUAUCCCAUGCUAGUCUGGAGACCUACCGUGCCUCCCAUGGUGGGCGCAAUGGUGCCGGUCGUGAUGAGAAGUACUCAUUGCUGAACAGCGAUGAGCAUAUCGGUGUGAUGCGCAAGAUGAACAGAGACAUCAGUGAAGCUCGACCAGAUAUCACUCAUCAGUGUCUUCUCACUCUGCUUGAUUCCCCUGUCAACAAGGCCGGCAAACUCCAAAUUUACAUCCACACGGCCAAAGGUGUCCUAAUCGAAGUGAACCCAAGUGUUCGAAUUCCACGUACAUUCAAGCGAUUUGCUGGUCUCAUGGUCCAGCUCCUGCAUCGGCUCUCGAUCCGCUCCACCAAUUCUCAGGAGAAGUUGCUCAAAGUCAUCAAGAACCCCAUCACCGAUCAUCUGCCCCCUAAUUGCCGCAAGGUGACCCUCAGUUAUGAGGCUCCCGUCGUGCGGACCAGAGAUUACAUUGAGUCGCUAGGCCCCAAGGAGAGCGUCUGUAUCUUUGUCGGAGCCAUGGCCAAAGGUCACGAUGAUUUUGCCGACACAUUCAAGGACGACACGAUCAGUAUCAGCAACUACAGCCUGAGUGCUAGCGUGGCAUGUAGCAAGUUCUGCCACGCGGCCGAGGAAGUGUGGGAUAUUGUAUGAUUCGCACGUUUCGGAUACAACCUUCCUUCGAUAGGAACGGCCAAAGCUUGACGAGGUAACGAAUUUCCUUGCGACUAUCCACCCAAUUUGAGAUGUCCGAAGUGCAGCAAACACCAACUUUGGCAGGACGUGUCUCCUGUGUCACAUCCUUUUUUACCGUUCUGGGCUCACUACCUACAGUCUCUUAUUGUUUUUUGAUAUCUUUCGCGUUUCUUGUUCCUUGUGCAUCAUGGCAGCCUUCAGCGCCGCGUGAUACCGAAGGUUACACGAUCAUCAUGUUAAGGGCUCUUUGAGAGAGCUAUCAGCUUCCGUUUGGAUAGCUCGCCCUUAUCAAGUAAAUAUCAGGGAUAUCUGCGAUAAGAAAAGUGGUGAGGGUGUGGUCUGGGCUUUUUCAAAGUUCUUCUACCACUAGGCUUUGUAGUUCGACCAUCCCCAGCGAGGUUCUGCGUUCUUCCACAAUCUGCAUCUCUUCAAUUUCCUUUGCGCAGGCAAAGGUCUGUACAGUGCCGGGGCUUUGUAUCG